GCUUCCCCGCGCCGCCACCGCCCUACACAUGGGGCACCGCCGUUGCCCCGGGGAACAACAGCAGCAGCAUUGUGCCGCGGCCGCACACGGCACACGACACGAGCGGUGGCGCUGCCGCCCCGCGCCGCCGCCGCGGGAGUGGCACCUCCCCGCCGCCACUGCCCCCGCCGCGCAGCCUGUCCCCGCGCACCCCGCCGCUCCCGCGCAGCCUGUCCCCGCGCAGCCUGCGCACGCUCGCGCGCCCGGGCUCCCCGCCGGUCCGGGACCCUGUCGCGUUCGCGGACAGCGCGACGCUACUGCAGCAGCAACAGCGGCAGUUGUUGCGCCUGCCGCCUCUACGCCUCGCGCGCCCGCGGAGCCGCACGUUCGGCGGCGCCGACGCGGCAGACCCGCGCGAACCGCGCCCUGCGCUCGCGCUGCCGCCGCUUGCGGGGCCUGGCUCGCCCCUCGCCGCGGCGCCGGGACAACGCCUCCCGCCGCCGUUCACGCUCCAGCCGCGCCCGCAGUGGGACGAACCGACGUUCUCGCCGUUCGCGCGUCGCGCCGCGGCGGCGCCGGCGCCGUACGAGUACGAGCCGCUCGUGCUGCCGCCGUUCCCCCCACCCCCGCCUCUGCCUCUGCUGCCCCUGCGCCCGCCGCCGCCGCCGCCGCCGCCAUCGCUGCUGCACGGCCGCGCGCCCUUCGCCUCUGUACCGCCGUUCCCCCCGCCGCCGCCACCGCCACCACACCGCCAUCGCAGCGGCGGCGGCGGCGGCGACGACGGCGAUGAAGAAGAGUCACACGACCACGGUGGUGCCGCACGUUAAAGCGUUGCGCGCGCCACCGACGACCCACCCACUCACUCGCGCGUGCGUGCGCACACACGGACUCAUACCACUCGGCGAGAAAGAAGAAGAGAAAAAUCGCCGGCGCAAGCCGCGCACGCGCACAUCACGCUUCACGCCCCCGGCAGCAUGCUCCCCCGCGCCUCCGUUUUUUUUUUUUCUGUUUGUUGUACCACACGAUCUUGGUGUACACUGGCAUACCUUUUUUUUUUUGGUUUCUUUUCUUGGCUUUGCUUUCUCCCUCUCUCUUUGUCUCUGUUCUCUGUCUCUCUGUCUCUCUCCUUUUAAUCCGCAACGCCACUAAGGCGGCCGCCGGCGCACGCAAACACACGUCUUUCCCCACCUGUGUACCGCUAUGCUACCUCGACGACGCUCCCUGCCACGUUUUUCCUUGACGCCAUACGCCCUCGCCCCCGCCACUGCUAUCUUAUUACACUCAUUAUUACAAUCUCCCGGGCCCCGAUAUAAUUAUUUUUUUCCCAUUUCUUGCUGUCGCCGCAACCUCAUUCCCGUCUUUCUUUCUAUUUUUAUUUUUUUUGCACUUCGCUACGCUACCACCCUGUCGCCGUCUCGCAGCCUCACACACUCUCACUCUCCUUCGCUCUCUCUCUAUAUAUAUAAUGUGUCUCUAGUACUUCCUGCGCCGUGUCCCC